GGGCUUGGUAGCCGGUACCCCGAUCCUACCUUUCUGAACUUAGAAGCCUUGGAGGUCCUUAUACAAAAUACCUCAUGGUGCUCUUACUUGCAUACACGUACGAUGGAUAAGCAUGUGGCAGGCUGUGUGUCGCCGUUGGACGAAUGCAGGCGCUCAGGUAGUCAUUCCACCGAGCGAUUCACCAGCAACAGCAACGCAGGCAGCCUUUCAAGAACAUGGGGACCACCUCGAAAAGUACCGAGCACAGGGUUGUUGCUGCUCGGCAUGGCCCGUCCGAGCCAGAGUGACCACUGAUUCAGACCCUUGGCAACGUCAUUGGGCCGCAGCACGCUAUCGGUCGCAGUAUGCACGCGUCGCCAAUGUCAAACCUCACACAUCUGCCCCAACAUGGCUGAACGCUUCAAAAAUCUCGCGAAGAAUGGCUGGCACCCCGAGAAGAACAAAGCGGGCAGUGGAGGUGCAAGCGACUCGAGGCUCGGGCAAGUGAAAGGAUGGGUAGGCAAGGCACAGGGCAAAGAUAACCACGCUGAUGCUGCUCGCGAACAUCAAUCUGCGCCGCUAUCGACCCUAAAAGACCCCUCGACCUUUGCGCCCCCGCCGAAACGGUUUCCAGGAGCUUCACCGGUCUCCGGUGAGCCAAGUGCUGCACCGCCAGGCUCUGCGAGACAGCGCUUGCAGGAAAAGGAAGAGAUACAGAGAAGGGCAGAGCAGGAGUCGAAGCCGCAAGGACCGUACAGGACAGACACAACAGGACUCAGUACCGCGCAUCUACCGAAACCGUCAGCAUUCCGACCAAACGCUGCCACACCUCCUCCUGUACCAGCCGCCAGAGGGAAGCCCCCAGGUCUGCCGCCGAGACUGCCUCCCCGCCAAACCGAGAAUGUCGACGAGUACACACCGCCCGCUCCUCCAUCUUAUGGAGAGGCUAUACAACAGACAGCGCCAGGCACGAUCAACCAAGGAGCUGUCGAUCGUCUGGGCCAGGCUGGCAUAGCUGUGCCCGGCUUGGACAUUGGGCGUAAUGCUUCUCCACCCGUACCACCUCGCCAGCGCGCAAUGGCGCCUCCUCCGCCAGCACGUCAAGCCUCAGCAGCAGCAGCAGCACCACCACCACCUGCGGCCGCGGACAACGGCCCACAACUCAGCGAGCUGCAGAAUAGAUUUGCUAGAAUGAACACAUCUUCCACCCCAGAAUCAGCGCCGAGCACGGGGACAUCGUGGGCGGAUAAGCAGGCAGCGCUGAGGACUGCCAGCAACUUCCGCAAUGACCCAUCGAAAGUCUCUGGAUCAGAUCUGAAGAGUGCAGCCUCAACGGCCAAUAACUUCCAGCAGCGGCACGGAGAACAAGCUGCGUCUGGUUGGCGGGCAGCGAGUGGGCUGAAUCAGAAGUAUGGCAUCGCGGGUAAGGUCAACAGCUUCGCAGGAGGGUCAAAUUCAGCAGAAGCAUCACAACCACCCGCUGCUGGAGGUCUAGGGAAGAAGCCCCCUCCACCACCGCCAGCUAGAAAGCCUGCGUUGACCUCCAACAACUCUGGGGAUCCACCGCCAAUUCCAAUGAGCAGCAAGCCCAAGUUUUAGUCUUUAAGCACUACAUGCUCCCGUAUAGAAUCAAUGGCGAUGUUCACUUCCACUUAAACUUUCAACGGGCUCCCCGGAUGUGCUGAUCCGUGGUAAUUCGUGCUCCGACCAGGAUCUUGAACGAGAAUAUUUCAGGGUACGCACAUCCCUGUCAGAACGACUCUCCGGAAUCCACGACCGAAUGUCACGGCCCGCAACUUCACGUUGUAGGUUUAUCCAGAAGAUUGCCCGAUUCUGCUAGCCUUGCGAGGCUGGAAAACCUCGGACACUGUGAGCAUAGCAUUGCAAAAGCCAAGCUGUCGCGUUGGAACUUCGUAGCGUAGAUCGUGUGUCUAGGCCCACAUGUAGCCGAGGCAAAUUGGCCUGUGUGAUUGGCAGGCUGCCCAAAAAAUGUUGUUGCACCGCUAGUCUGCCGUGAGAGAGGAUUUCCAC